AUGGAUCGCCUGAUUAUGAGAAAAACUAUGGCAAGUGCAUCUACUUUGCUUACCACAAGUUUCAUAAAGAAUACUUCUGGAUUAAUGUUUUCUGGUAGCCACAAUUACAGACUAAUUCAAGUUAAUCAUAAAAAAUUUGCAUUAGUUAGAACAGAUCUACAAAUAAGAUCAUUUUCAGUAUAUUCAGUUCCAAGAUUUGUUUUUCAUGCAAUGCGAAUACCUGCAGCUGGUUUUACAUUAGGGGUUGGUGGUUUGACAUAUGCAAAUUAUAAAUUUAAUGGUAAGUCAAAUAUAUUUUAUGAACAAAAUGAAAAUUCUGAAAUACUUGGAUCUCUAACGAAUGGUGUAAAGUCUGCAAUAGGAUCAAUUGGUGGAUUAACAAAUAUGAAUGUUGGAAUAGAAAUACCCGGUUUUGUAAAAAAUAUGUUUUCUAAAAAUCCAACUCAAUCAAAAUCAUCGUCAAAUUCAUUCAAGGCUGAUUCAGAUAGACCAAAGUUUAUCAAAAAGGAGGAUGAAGGCGAUUCAGAAUCAUCUAGUGGUGGUAAUAGUGAAAAAGAUAAUGAUGAGAAUGAUGGUGAAGAUUCUGGAGCACAUAAAAAUAAACGUGGUAUUCCAGCACAAGAUGAUGAAUUCAUGGUGCUUACAAAAAAAUUGAUAGAAGUUCGUAAUAUUUUAAUGAGCAUUGAUCAUAAAGAGGCAUUAAAAUUACCAAGUAUUGUAGUAAUUGGUAGUCAAAGCUCUGGUAAAAGUUCUGUAUUAGAAGCAAUUGUUGGUCAUGAAUUUUUGCCAAAAGGAUCAAAUAUGGUCACUCGGAGACCAAUUGAGCUAACAUUAAUACAUACGUCUAAAUCUAAAGAAGAAUAUGGUGAAUUUCCUCAACUUGGAUUAGGAAAAAUACAUGAUUUUUUACAUAUACAACAAACAUUACGUGAUCUUAAUUUGGCAGUACCAGAGUCUGAAUGUGUUUCCAACAAACCAAUUGAACUUCGUAUCUAUUCACCCAAUGUUCCUGACUUGACUUUAAUAGAUUUACCUGGUUACAUUCAAGUCACAAAUAAAAACCAACCUGAAACUUUAAAAGAAAAAAUUGUUGAAUUAUGCCAUAAAGAUUGUUUACAUAAACCUGGCUAUAUAUGCGAAGCAAAUAAUUUAACAAGUGAUAUUUUUGAUAAUGUUUCAGCUGCUGUAACUACACUUUAUAAGCAGUUGUUUCCUUCUUCUGAAACAAAAUUCUCAGGACCUCUUAUCAUAGGACAUGAUAAACCAGAAAUUAAUAAUCAAUUGUUAACAGAUGUAAUAUUUUGUCCAUUUAAUUGCAUGUACAAUAAAUUCACAAUAUUUAUUUAUGGAAUUGGUGUGUCCUCAGAUGAUGGAAUGUGUAAUGUAGGUCCAGGAUUUAAGUCUUCUUUUGUUUGUGUAAUAGGGUUUGAGAAAAAGAAGACAUUAUUUGUACAAGAGAUAAAUUAUAAAAACUCCAUUGUAAAAAUUUAUCAAGAUCAUAAAUUGAUGUCUACACAUGUUGGUAGUAACCCAAAUGAUGUGUGGGAAAAGUACCUAAAUGCUUGCCUGAAGAAUGGAAUAUUGCUAGCAAAAUGGAACAUUUAUGGAAUUAUCACUUACGAAAAUGUACAUUAG